AUGUCAACCGCUUCAUCCACUGCUGCAGCCGUGCAGCCCAAGACGAACAUCAAGAUCGUGUUUGGGUGCAUGACGUUUGGUGCGCCUGGGGUCGAGCAGUCGCGCGUUCACGACCUCGACGACUGCCGGGCAAUUCUGGACAUCUUUGCGUCGCACGGACACACGGAGCUCGACACAGCGCGAAUGUACGGCGCUGGCAGUUCCGAAGAAUACCUGCGUCAGCUCGGAUACACGGUGCCCUCGGCGUCGCACCGUUUCACGAUUGCGACGAAAGUCUUCCCCAGCGCACGCAACCCGAACUUCCCUUCUAAGGACAAGUACACGUUUGAGCCGGCGGACAUCCACCGCGCGGUGGCGGACAGCCUGCGCUCGCUGGGGACGGAGCAGUUUGACCUGUUCUACCUGCACGCUCCCGAUCGCGAGGUCGACCUGGAGCGCACGCUCGAAGCCGUCAACGCUGAGUUUGAGCAGGGCAGGUUCAAGCGCUUCGGCGUCAGCAACUACACCGCCGACGAGGUGCAGACGAUCGUCGACAUCACCUCGCGUCACGGCUGGGUCAAGCCCUCCGUCUACCAGGGCGUGUACAACGCCCUGACCCGCACACCGGAGCCCGACCUCUUCCCCACCCUCCGCCGCAACCACAUCGCUUUCUACGCCUUCAACCCGCUCGGCGGCGGCCUCUUCGUCGGCCACCACUCGCCCGACUCGAAACCCGAGCAGGGCAGCCGCUUCGACCCGCAGCGCAGCCAGGGCCAGAUGUACCGCAAGCGCUACUGGAACGACCACUACUUCCAAGCCCUCGACCUGAUCAGGGGAAGCGCGGACAAACACGGCCUCACGCUCGCCGAGAUCGCCCUCCGCUGGAUGAUGCACCAUUCGCAACUGAAGCGCGAAGCCGGCGACGCCGUCAUCAUCGGUGCUAGCUCCAAAAACCACAUCGACGCUAACUUGGUCGACUUCGAAAAGGGUCCCUUGCCCCAACAGGUCGUGGACAAGGUCGACGAGGCGUGGGAGAUUAUCAAGCCUCAGGCUCCUGCUUACCACCACUAG